AUGACCCGUAUCAUCUGGAAGAAGAUCAGAGAAGAACUCAUCUUACCUUAUGUCGACGUAGAGCUCAAAUACUACGAUUUGGGUAUCGAAAACCGUGAUGCCACCGAUGAUCAAGUGACUGUCGACUCUGCAGAGGCCAUCAAGAAGUAUAGCGUCGGUGUGAAAUGCGCUACUAUCACACCGGACGAAGCGAGAGUCAAGGAAUUCAAGUUGAAAGAAAUGUGGAGGAGUCCAAAUGGGACCAUCAGGAAUAUCCUAGGGGGUACGGUUUUUAGAGAACCUAUCAUACUGAAGAGUAUCCCUAAACCAGUGCCAGGUUGGACGAAGCCUAUUUGUAUUGGGCGUCAUGCUUUUGGUGAUCAAUACCGCUCCACUGACUUUGUCGCUCCAGGACCAGGUAAACUGACCCUCACUUUCUCCCCCGCAGACAGUAGCAAACCCACCGAAAUGCAAGUGUACGAUUUCAAAGGUCCUGGUGUCGCGUUGAGCAUGUAUAACACUGAGGAGAGUAUCAAAGGGUUUGCACAUGCUAGUUUCAAGAUGGCUAUCAGUAAGGAAAUGCCUCUGUUCAUGUCGACUAAGAACACUAUCCUCAAAAAAUACGACGGCAAAUUCAAAGACGUGUUUCAAGAGAUAUACGAGUCGACAUACAAAAAGGAAUUCGAACGUCUUGGUAUCUACUACGAGCACCGCCUCAUAGACGACAUGGUGGCCCAAGCUAUCAAAUCAUCUGGAGGUUUUGUGUGGGCGUGCAAGAAUUACGAUGGAGAUGUCAUGAGUGAUAUCCUGGCUCAAGGCUUUGGUUCUCUGGGAAUGAUGACCUCGGAGUUGAUCACCCCAGAUGGGUCCACUAUGGAGUCCGAGGCGGCUCAUGGGACUGUCACGCGACACUACCGUCAAUGGCAAAAGGGCGAAGAGACAUCUACCAACCCCGUAGCUUCCAUUUUCGCCUGGACCCGCGGUCUCGCUUUCCGCGCCAAGCUUGACAACACACCAGAGCUCGCCUCGUUCGCCCAAGACCUCGAGGCUGCAUGUGUGGAGAUUAUAGAUCAGGAUGGAGUGAUGACUAAAGAUCUGGCUUUGGCGAUGAAAGGCAAGCAGAUGACCAGAGAUGACUGGGUCACCACGGAUGUUUAUAUGAAGAAAGUCGAGGAGAGACUGGUGGAGAAGAUCUCGAAGAGGGCCUGA